GACAGUACAACAAGACAUCUCGACAACACACAAUGUUUAACUUGGAUUUUGACGAUGACUACUUCUUGGAGGAAGACAAAAUUGUGAUGGUGUUGUAAAAAAAAGAGACUAAAGAACGCUGCAUGCAAAUUUCUUAAUUUUCCUGCAUUUUUGUGUGUUAUUUUUGGAAUUGGGGGAUACUGGUUGAUACCGAGAUACAAAAAGCAAACAAAUUAUAUACAAUAAAACCUAAAUAUGUGGUCCGUGCCGACGACUCCGUACAUGGGCCUCCCGACGUCCCUUUACCACAUGCACUUCGCCGAAUUGGCUUACGAAGACAAAUUGGGGAUGACUGUGACCUCCGGCACAGUAGUCAUAAAGAAAGACAGUAACAAUUUGAUCGGAAUCAGCAUCGGAGGUGGCGCACCGCUGUGCCCUUGCCUCUACAUAGUCCAGAUAUUCGAUAAUACAGCUGCGAGCAAAGACGGCACUCUUCAAUCUGGGGAUGAGCUUGUGGCUGUAAACAAUCAAGCCGUCAAGGGCAAGACCAAGGUUGAAGUCGCCAAGAUGAUACAAGCAGCUAAAGACGAAGUUAUUAUAAACUAUAAUAAGUUGCACGCCGAUCCGCAGCAGGGAAAGUCUCUGGACAUUGUUUUGAAGAAGGUCAAACACAGGUUGGUAGAAAAUAUGAGUUCCUCAACGGCCGACGCGCUUGGGCUUUCCAGGGCGAUUCUGUGCAACGAUACUUUGGUGAAGAAGCUGCAAGAGCUUCAGGAUACGGAAAUUAUGUAUAGAGGAUUGGUCGAGCAUUGCGAUAGGGUUUUAAGGGCUCAUCUCGAUCUUUCUUUGGCUGUCAAACAAAUGGGUGAAGUGUUUGCUGAGUUGGCGGUUAGAGAGCCUCAGCCUAGAGCUAGCGAGGCUUUCAGGUUGUUUGCAGAGCAACAUCGAAGUAUGGAGAAGUUGGGAAUUAAAAUGUUGAAAGCAGUAAAACCUGUGUUAUCAGAUAUGGGAACCUAUCUUUACAAGGCCAUCCCUGAUACCAGGUUAACAGUGAAGAAGUACGCGGAUGCAAAAUUCGAAUAUUUAGCGUAUUGCUUGAAAGUAAAAGAAAUGGAUGACGAGGAAUGCAGUUACGCAGCGCUUCAGGAACCUUUGUAUCGGGUGGAAACAGGAAAUUACGAAUACAGGUUAAUUUUGAGAUGUCGACAAGUAGCAAGAGGAAAAUUUGCGAGGCUUCGUUCUGACGUGCUCGUAAAAAUGGAUCUUCUGGAUAACAAACACGUUGAGAGUCUGGGUGGUCACUUAACCAAAUUGAUCCAAGGGCUGUCGACUUUGAACUUGAAAACUAUGGGUUUAAUCAGCAAGCCUCCUCUAUUUCCGAUCGAGGUUGACCUAUCCAACAACGCGUUCCAGUACAAAUCGACAACGCCGAUUGCAGCUGACAACGAUGAGGACGAAAUAGAAAACGGCGUUGAAAUCAAAGAGCACAAUUUGCUCGAAGGUCUGGACGAGGCGACGAUUGAAAAGAAGGAAGAUCUUAUACCAGGAUUGUCUCAACCGGAACCCGAUUACUCGGAGAUGGACAAUCUGACACUGCUUUCAACACUGAACCUGAAGGACAGCCCGACGAAUCAGGACCAGAGCAUACUAUUCCCAGAUUUAAUAAAUUAAAUGUUCAAAUCGUAAAACCAUAGGAAAGUUUCAUUGUUUUCUUGGCUCUCCGGUCAAUUGGCGGGGUUAAUUAACUUUUCGUCGCGUUCAAAAUGUUCCGUUUAUUAAAAUCAAUAAGGAUCCGCCUUGUGGCCUGAGAGAUGGUGUACGAUAGCAGUUGAAUGAUGAUAAGGCAGUAGUAGUGCACAACUGCGUUUGAGAGUAUUUAAAAAGGCUGCGUUCGAGCCUCACGCCAUUCGUUCGGCACUAUCGGUGAGCGCUACACGAGUGAGUCAAGAGUCAAGAAAAGAGUUGUCAGUGUGUGUAAAUGUGAGCGAGUCGUUCCUAAUCGUAUUAAAAUAUUUACUUUUACAAAGCGAGGCAUUAUAAUCCCAUUUGCUCGUAAAAGAAUGCGAGAGACGUCUCCACGAGCUAAUACAACUCAGUGCACUAAGUUCGGUGAAAACUACAAUGUGACUCUUCUAUCCACCUGACUCGAACGCAAGAACAUCUAUUUAAUUUAC